AUGUGCCAGAUUAAAAUGUACGCAAACAGCAUGAAGAAGCCCGACACGCAUCUUACAGCCCAGAAGCGUUCACAUGGAUCUUAUGACAGGAAUGAAGUCCAAUACAAUGGCCUGAAAAAUCAAGGCGCCACUUGCUACUUAAAUGCAGUAUUGCAGUCUCUAUUCAUGACCCCAGAAUUCAGAAAGGAAGUGGGGAGUCAUGAAGCUCCUGGAGAUUGUGGUGAGGAAAAUCUCUUGCUACAACUUCAGAAGCUGUUUACUAAGCUGUCAGAAAAUGCAGCCACAACUGAAGGAAUAACCAGGAGUCUUGGAAUUAGAAAUGUUUAUGAGCAACAAGAUGCAGUGGAGUAUUAUAGGAAGAUUUUAAAAGCAGUGGGGACACAUGCCUCUAAGGUCUUUGAAGGGAAAAUUAACAACAUAACAAAAUGUGGCCAAUGUGGCAAUGAAACCACAGAACCCAGCACGUUCAUCUCAAUACUGCUGUCUAUCGAUGCCGGAAAUGAUAAGUAUGAUAUGGGAAAAAGCCUGAAGACCUUCUUUGAACAUUCAAAACUAGAAGAGGAUGACUGGAUGUAUUGUGACAUAUGUGACCACAAAACAGAAACAGAAACUUGGAGUAAAAUAGAUGAAUAUCCUACCGUUCUCACUCUGCAUCUGAAGAGGUUUGACUUUGAUUACAUACAGAUGAGAUACAAGAAGAAUGAAUGUCGUCUGGAUGUACCUCUAAGUCUACCCAAAGAGGAUAAUUGGCCUAUAUAUGAUCUGUAUGCCGUUAUAAAUCAUAUGGGUGGAUACAGUAGUGGACACUACGAUACAAUCAUCAGAUCUUUUGAAAAUGGCACAUGGUACUGUUUUGAUGACUACAAUGUAACACGGACAUCAGAAGCAUCACUGGAAAAUUCAAGCCUACCAUACAUGCUGAUGUACAGAAAAUCAGCGUUGAACCAUGACAGCAUCAAAACGGCAGCGUUGAACCCUGACAGCAUCAAAACGGCAGCGUUGAACCCAGACAGCAUCAAAACGGCAGCGUUGAACCCUGACAGCAUCAAAGCGGCAGCGUUGAACCCUGGAAGCAUCAAAACGGCAGCGUUGAACCCUGACAGCAUCAAAACGGCAGCGUUGAACCCUGGAUGCAUCAAAACGGCAGCGUUGAACCCUGACAGCAUCAAAACGGCAGCGUUGAACCCUGGAUGCAUCAAAACGGCAGCGUUGAACCCUGACAGCAUCAAAACGGCAGUGUUGAACCCUGACAGCAUCAAAGCGGCAGCGUUGAACCCUGGAAGCAUCAAAACGGCAGCGUUGAACCCUGACAGCAUCAAAACGGCAGCGUUGAACCCUGACAGCAUCAAAACGGCAGCGUUGAACCCAGACAGCAUCAAAACGGCAGCGUUGAACCCUGACAGCAUCAAAACGGCAGCGUUGAACCCAGACAGCAUCAAAAUGGCAGCGUUGAACCCUGACAGCAUCAAAACGGCAGCGUUGAACCCAGACAGCAUCAAAACGGCAGCGUUGAACCCUGACAGCAUCAAAACGGCAGCGUUGAACCCAGACAGCAUCAAAAUGGCAGCGUUGAACCCUGACAGCAUCAAAACGGCAGCGUUGAACCCUGACAGCAUCAAAACGGCAGCGUUGAACCCUGGAAGCAUCAAAACGGCAGCGUUGAACCCUGGAAGCAUCAAAACGGCAGCGUUGAUCCCUGACAGCAUCAAAACGGCAGCGUUGAACCCUGACAGCAUCAAAACGGCAGCGUUGAACCCAGACAGCAUCAAAACGGCAGCGUUGAACCCUGACAGCAUCAAAACGGCAGCGUUGAACCCUGACAGCAUCAAAACGGCAGCGUUGAACCCAGACAGCAUCAAAACGGCAGCGUUGAACCCUGACAGCAUCAAAACGGCAGCGUUGAACCCAGACAGCAUUCACCAACCUAUGAGGAUCCUUGUGAUGGGGCCUUCCAGAGGUGGGAAAAGUACAGUUGGCAACAUCAUCCUUGGUGGAAACCACUUUCUUAGCAAAAGUGGAUCGGAGACUGUGACGAAAGAGUCCAUGGUAAAGACAGUGGAAAAUGUCACUGUAGUGGACACUCCUAAUCUCUUUUCCCUCGACAAAUCGAGUUGGAACGAGGAAAUGAAGAAGUUAUCCGACCCUGGCCCCAAUGUAAUUCUCUGGGUAACACCGAUAUCUAAAUUCAGUGAGCAACAACAAGGUCUUUUCCACACCUUCAAAAAGAGACUAGAUCCAAGAACCACAAAACGUAUGAUGAUUAUCUUCACACAUGGCAGAGAGCUUAAAAAACUUGGGCAACGCAUUGACAGGUUUAUUUCGUACUGCAAAAAGCUCUGUAAAGUGGUUCGUUGUUGUCAGAACAGGUACCAUGUCAUUGACAUCACUGAUGGUCACAAUUACACCUCAGAACUGCUUGAAAAACUCAGCGAGAUGGUGACAUCAAAGGAAGCUACGGCAAUUACACAAAGGCAAUUGAGGUGUUUAAGAAGAAGAAGUCUUAAGAAGAAGACAAACAAAUGGUGAAUAAUGAGAAAACUAAUGCUUGAAAUGUGGUGAAACAUUGAAUGUUCUGAAUGUCGUUAUGUUAUGUUUUUUAACUGCUAUUUUUGGUGAUUUUGUUGCUUACAUAUUGAUAAAUGAUUACAAUUUUUCAUGGUGUUUCUUGUACAUUGAAUUUGAAUUCUGAUAUAAAAAUGAAUAUAUCACAAUUUAUAACAUAAUAAACACAUGUUGAAAAUGUUAAGUUGGAUUUGAAAAUAGCAAAUGAAGCAAAAUAAAAGAUAAAACAUUU